AUGACUGUGGGUGCCAUGAAAAAGCAGGCUUCUAAGAAAUUGGAGGAGAUUGCUCCCUCUACCCCCGAAAUUGCUCAGUUGAGAAGGCAGUGCUUGGAGCAUCAUACUAAGAAGAUGGAGACUCUGAAGGAUGUGUUCAAAGAAUAUCUGAUUGAGUUAUUCUUUCUCCAGCAUUUGCAGGGAAAUAUGAUGGACUAUUUAGCCUUCAAGAAAAAACCUUGUGUUCCCCUGUAUACAUACUUGAGACAGAAUGACUUGGACAUUGAGGAUGAGGAGGAAGAUGAAGAACAGUCUGAAGUCAUAAAUGAUGAGGUGAAGGUCGUGACUGGAAAGGAUGGCCAAGCUGUGACACCUGUUGCCAUAGCAACACAGCUUCCACCCAAUGUUUCUGCAGCUUUCUCUUCCCCCCAGCAGUUCCAGGGAGGUGCUGUUGGGGGCAUUGCUAGUGCUGGAGACAUGGAAGCUUUUAAGAGGCAGCAAGCGAUGGUGCAAGCAGGAGGGAUGCCUCCUAUUCCUCAAGCAGUACAGAUUGCAGGGCAGAAGCAGAAUCAGCAGCAGUAUGACCCAUCCAAAGGACCUCCAGUGCAAAAUGCUGCAAGUUUGCAUACCCCUCCGCCUCAGCUACCUGGCAGGUUACCCCAGGGGACUCUCCCUAUGGCGAGCUUGCCUUUGACCAUCUCCCAGCAGGCUCAGUUGAUCGAUGGGACUGGUCAAGCUGGAGCUCAGCUCCAGGCUCAAGUGAAGGUGGCCAGUGGAGCGAUGAUGGCACAGAUGAAUCCACAUGCUCAACUGCAAGCCCAACUCCAGCAGCAAAUGCAUCUCCAGAUGCAGCCUGGUCAACAACCUCCAGCAACGAUACAAACGGGACAAGCAACUGUGGCUCUGGCUCGCCCUGCUAUGGAACCAAAUCAAGUCCAGAGGAUUAUGGCCAACUCGAUGUCCAAUGUGUCUUCUGCUUCUCUGUCAAACUCUGUAUCUGCUGCUCAUAAUGCAGUUACUACACGACCCUGCUCAGGCACAAACCCAAGCUCCCAGUCCAAACUCACCGGUACCAACGGCAUUUCCUCCGUCAAAUCGGGCGGUUUUUGCCAAAGUGGUUCUAUGCAGACAACACAAGAUGGUUCUCAAGACAAGCAAAUUGAGCAGGCGAAACUUGAGAGUCAAGUACAUCUGCGCAUCUCGGAACUGAGGAAGGAUGGACAGUGGUCAUCGAGUAGGCUUCCUAAACUUAUGGAGGCCUCACGACCAAAGUCUCACUGGGACUAUCUUUUAGAGGAAAUGCAGUGGAUGGCUGCAGAUUUUGCACAGGAAAGAAGAUGGAAAGAAGCUGCAGCAAAAAAACUUGUCCGCACUUGUGCUCGGUAUCAUCAGGAGCAAAAGAAAAGCGAAGAACGAUCAAAGACUGAUCAAGAAAUUCACCUUCGACACAUUGCCAGUACAAUUGCCAGAGAGGUGGAAUUUUUCUGGUCCAACAUUGAACAAGUUGUAGAAAUUAAACUCCAAUUUCAAAUGUAUGACAAAAGGCUUAAAACAUUUCAAAAUAUGUCAACAAAAGUGUCUGUUCAACCAUCAGAAGAUAAGGUUGAUAAAGAGGAAGUUGUCUCUUUACGGCGAAAAAGAAAAUCAAGUUCAUCUGUAACAGAUGAGGACGUUGAUGAGGAGAGCACCAUAGAUGAGCAAGAGUUUAUGGAGGAAAAUGCAGACCACCAAAAUGAGCUGGGGGAACUGGCCAAAGAAGCGGAGAUGCCUUUAGAUGCUUUGAUGAAGCAGUAUGCUGGUGCAUAUGUUGAUGGCUUUGAUUGGCCAAAACCAAGUUCACAAAAAGAUGAUGAGGACACAGAUCCUGAUGAAGAUGGAAGUCCACCAGAGGCUGUGGUUAUUGACUCCUUGCUGAGUGUGGAUCAGUAUAAAGGCAGUGAUAAAGCCAGCUCCUCAAGCUCUGAUGGAAAGUCUGCCAAAGACAUUGCUGAAGUAGCAGCUGCGACAGAAUUGCUGCUUCCCAAAGGCAGUUUUAGGACUACGACUUCUACUCGCAGCCCAGCUCCUGUUCUAUUACAUGGAUCUUUGCGAGAAUAUCAGCAAAUUGGUGUUGAUUGGCUGGUCAGUCUAUUCAAAAAACGGCUCAAUGGCAUCCUGGCUGAUGAGACUGGCCUUGGCAAAACAGUGCAAACUGUUGCCUACAUGGCACAGUUGGCUGCUCAGGAAGGCAUAUGGGGUCCUCAUCUUGUUGUGGUAAGAACAAGCAAGUUACUAAGUUGGGAGGUAGAGUUCAAACGGUGGUGUCCGGGGCUCAAGAUCCUCCUUUACCUUGGCAACCGAUCAGAGCGCAGAUCUUUGAGAAAGUGGUGGGGGGAAGCGAACAGUUUCCACGUCUGUGUGACAUCAUACAAGCUUCUCAUGACUGACCACAGUCACUUUCUGAGAAGAAAAUGGAAACAUGUUGUUUUUGAUGAGAUUCAACUGAUUAAAGAUAUGACUCAGAAACAUUGGGAAACAAUAUUCUCCAUCAAAAGUGAUCAAAGGAUUCUCCUCAUCAACACUCCUCUACAAAAUACAUUGAAAGAACUUUGGACCAUGAUUCAUUUUCUUUUGCCUGGAAUCACACGACGCUACUCGGACUUCCCUGUGAAGGCAGGCACAGACCAAAACCAAGACUACUGCCACAAACUGGUUAUCCGUUUACACAGGAUGAUACAGCCGUUCAUUCUGAGGCGGUCUAAAAGGGAAGUGGAAAAACAGCUACCGAAGAAAUAUGAACAUAUUCUGAAGUGCCGCCUCUCCAGCCGACAGAAGAGCCUGUAUGAGGACAUCCUCACUCAGACAGGGACCCAGGAAGCUCUCAAGACGGGACACUUUGUUAGUGUGCUUCAGGUGUUGAUGCGGUUACAGCGAGUAUGUAACCACCCAGAGUUGGCGUCUCCCAGAGAUGCCAAGAGUUCCUUUUUCUUCUCAAAUCUGCAAUUCAAUGUCCCGUCAUUGGUUCUGGGAGCAUUACAGAAAGAUCAAGAUGCGACUGCAGACAUAUCCAUCUUUAAUUUAAUCAACAAUGAGAACAAACUUACCCAUUAUCAAACUGCGGAGGCAAUACCUAAGCUAAAACUCUCAAAGCCACUUAUAGAGGAACUCUACACUGGCCCCGACCAACCUCCACGACCUAAACCCUGUCCCAUAAAACCAAUGAGAUUGUUUCAGCCAGUCUCAUAUGGGACAAAGCCAGAGGGGCGCCUCGCUUCUUUUACGAGUACAUCCAGCCAACGUCCAGCAUUGAAUCCUUCGGGCACUUCUAUCGCUCCCCCUAUGGCAAACACUGCUACACAACCCAGGGGGAAAUCCCCUGUCACCACUGGAGCAACUGCCCCUACCUCGCAUGUGUUUGGAACAGCUACUCAGAGAGCCCAGACUACCUCCCCUGUCUGCAACAGCAACAACUCAGUGUCUGCCUCUGGGACCAGUGGGCGUGUUCUGGGGGCUACCCCUCCGCCAUUGGGCCAGACUUUGGCCAAUGCAGUUGUUGGAUCAAUGAGCCAGGCUGGGGUCUCACCUGUAGCCAGGCCCACCCUAGCCGCCAGUCAUGCCCUCCAGCCCAACUUGCUAUCGCAGAGGCUGGUUCUUACAUCUCAGGCCCAGGCACGGUUGCCUAGUGGUGAUGUGGUGAAGAUUGCCCAAUUGGCAAAUAUUGCUGGCAAUCAGACUCGGAUUUCUCAGCCUGAGACCCCAGUGACGCUCCAGUUUCAGGGGACUAAAUUUACAUUAUCACCAAGCCAGCUCCGCCAGCUCACCACCGGACAGCCUUUACAGCUUCAAGGCAAUAUCCUGCAAAUCGUCUCUGCCCCUGGACAGCAGAUCAUCAGGCCACAGGGUUCAAUGGUAAUGCAAACUGUUCCCCAAACUGGAGCUGCUGCUAAUGCUACAUCCACACCUGGCACCACUCACCCGGCUGCAUCAGCACAGCAAGCUAUGGUCGUUACUACCAAUUCAAAUGCAGUUUCCACUAAGGUCACGGCUUCAGUCAAUUCCACUCCACAGGAGUCUUCAGAAGAGAAGAACCAAAUGACAAAGGAGCGUUUAGGACGCUUGUUUAAAGCCAAUGAGCGGCGUUGCAGCCGCAGUGUGCUGUAUGGUGCAGACCUGCUACAUGCUUGUACAGUCUGUCCUGAACCAGCUCUUUCUGCUUUGACUGCUGGAGGCUGGCACUGGGUAGGACUGGAGAACUGCCUCAGAGCCACAAACUCCUCAAAAGGAGCCACAUCUGCCCUGAAAUCGUGUCUGUUGUCUGUCAAAGACCGCCUAGAUGCUACUAACAGUUCAACCGCAAGGUUGUCAUGUGUAGUACCUUCAGCUAUAGCUUUGCCUCCUCAAAUAUAUGCAGUAAAUCCAACAGUGCCAUACCGUCUGGAACAGAAAUCCUUCCAACAUCACAUGCUUCAGGCAAUCUCCUCCCACAGAGCUGAUAUCCACAGAUUAGCGCCAACACAACUUCAGUUUCCUGAUUUGCAGUUGAUGCAAAUGGACUCCGGAAAAUUAGAAGCUAUGGCCAUUUUGUUGCACAAGCUGAGGUCAGAGAAUCGCCGUGUGCUCAUAUUUACCCAGAUGGUGAAGAUGCUGGACAUCCUGGAAACAUUUCUCGAUCAUAGACAGAUGUCCUAUGUGCGGGUGGAUGAAGGCUUUACUCCUGAUGAAAGACUGGAGAACAUGAAGAGAUUUAACAGGAACAAACGGCUGUUCUGCUGUAUCUUGACCAACUGUUGCUGCUCCUCAGUGGGAACUGUGUUUGAUGCUGACACCAUAAUCUUCUAUGACACUGAGCUAAAUCCAAGCAUAGACUCCCACACCCAGGAGUGGUGUGAUAAGAUCGGCCGCUCGAAGGAUGUGCACAUUUACAGGUUGGAGAGUGGAAAUUCAAUUGAAGAGAAGCUACUGAAGAAUGGCACCAAAGACCUGAUCAGAGAGGUGGCAGCUCAGGGCACAGACUACACUAUGGCUUUUCUUACACAGCGGACGAUCCAUGAUCUUUUCGAGGUGGAUACAGCAUCAGGGGAGAAAGUGGAGGAGUUUGUCGUUCUUCAUCAAGAGCCAUCCACCUCUGAGGCCAUUUCUCUCAAAGUGGCUCGGCCUUAUAUACAGGCUCUCCACAGCAUAAACCUGGACGAUGUACAAGAGGAAGAGCAACAAGAUAUGGAGGAGGAGGAGGAAAUUAAGUCAGAAGAAGAACCAAUUCUUGAGGAUCAAGAAGAACCCGCCCAGAUAAAAGAGUUGAAUGCUGUUAUGGAGCAGCUUACACCAAUUGAAAUGUAUGCCCUCCAUUACCUGGAAUACAUUCACGUCAGUGACGAUGAGACUGCCAUCAAGGAGCGUUUGGAGUCAUCUAAAAGGAGUUGGGAACUUCACCAGCUCCAAAAGCUUAAAGUGGAUGAAGAGGAGAGGCAGAUGAGAGUAGAUGAUGAGGAUCUCUUCACUUACACCAGAGAGGAUGCGUACAACAUGGAAUAUGUAUUUGAUGCAGAAGAUGGCCACACUGAGAUCAUGCCUAUUUGGACACCUCCUACACCACCACAGGACGACAAUGACAUUUACAUAGAUUCUGUAAUGUGUCUUAUGUAUGAUUCCACACCUAUGCCAGAGUCCAAACUGCCUCCAAUUUACAUCCGCAAAGAGCACAAGCGUCUUAAGAUGGACCCCUCGGCUGCUCGGAAAAAGAAAAAGGGACAUGGGGAGACCGUCAUUCCUCCUCGAUCUCUCUUUGAAAAAGCUAGCAUGUUAAAAGUACGACGUGAAGGAAAAGACCAGAAGAAGAAUUUCUCUCUGAAGCAGCAGGCGCCUUUUGCAAAACCUUUGCCCUCCCUAGUUAAGCCUCCCAUGGAGAGCAGCCAAGACAACCCAGAGUGGCUCAUCAGUGAGGACUGGGCACUGCUUCAGGCUGUGAAGCAGCUGUUGGAGCUGCCUUUGAAUCUGACUAUAGUGUCCCCCGCCCACACGCCCAACUGGGAUCUGGUCAGUGACGUGGUGAACUCCUGUAGCCGCAUUUACCGUUCUCCCAAACAGUGUCGAAACCGAUAUGAGAAUGUCAUCAUCCCGAGAGAAGAGGGCAAGUUGAUGUAUGAAGCAAAUCCCAAGAAGAAAACGAAAAGCAUAUACAAGUCAAAGAACAGUCGACCUCUGAGAACUUGUCAGAUUUACACUCAAGAUGACAAUUCAACACAAAUUCAGUUGUAUAACAGUCGGUUUGAGCUCAUGAAAAUCAUUGCCAGCAAGAGGAGCCCGCCAAUAAAGCCACUUCUUGGCAUGAACCCCUUUCAGAAAAACCCUAAACAUGCCUCCGUUCUGGCUGAAAGUGGGAUCAGCUACGACAAGCCCUUGCCUCCCAUUCAAGUCGCAUCCCAACGUGCAGAAAGAAUUGCCAAGGAGAAAAAGGCUCUUGCAGAGCAGCAGAAAGCACAGCAGGUGGCGCAGCAGGCUGGAGGUCCUCAGGUUGCAGUGGCGGCAACAGGCCAGGCCCAAGGAGCAGCUCAAGUCCCUCAGGCUGCAGCUAUUACAGGAGCUGCUGCAGUUCCAAAUGCUGCUGUUUUGGCUGGUGCCAUCAAAAAUGCCACCGUCGGUACUACAAUUCAGGCUGCCACAGUAGCGGGUAAUGUGAUUGUCAACACAGUCGCUGGAGUCCCUCCAAGUCCCUUCCAGGCCAAUAAACGCCUGGUAUCUCCAUCUGUCAUCCCAGGAACCCUGUCGCAGCCCGCUGGAGCAGCCGGGGCCCAGGUUGUACAUGCUCAACAAAGAGCUGCCACAGCCGCUCCUACUGAGGUGGUUGCCAUUACGACAGGACCGGGUGUGCGAGCCGUCACACCAAUGACUGCCUCUGCUGUAGUGUCUACCACUUUGAGCCCUGUGCAAGCCCAGACACGCCCACUAGUCUCUCAAGUUACUCCAACUACAGGGAUGACGCUGUCGCAGGGCAAACCUCUGAUUCCGGCACAUCUCCAGAUGCUCCGGCAGCAGCAGCUCCAGCAGCAGCAGGCAGCUUCUCCUCAGAUCAAAACGGUGGGGAAAUCACAGGAGUUGUUGAAGAUGCACAAACACAAGCUGCAGCUGCAGCAGCAGCAGCAACAGCAGGUGGCAGCGGCAGUAGCAGCAGCUCAGGGUCAGCAGGCUGCAGGGGCACAACAACAAACUCAGGUCCAAUCUCAGACUGCACAGGUCAGUCCUCAGCUGACCGCUGUGGCUGCGCCCAGACCAGGAGCUGUGCUCACUGGGACCACUGUGGCCAACCUGCAGGUGGCUCGGCUGACUCGAGUUCCAUCUCAGGGCCAGGGUCAGGCUGCCCAGGCAGCCCAAGUGACCCUUACAAAGCCCCCUGUGGUGUCCGUCCCAGCUGUGGUGUCCUCUGCUGGAGUCACCACUCUCCCAGUCACGGUCGCAGGGAUCAGUGUUGCUAUAGGACAAGCACAGAAGACAGGUGGGCCUGUGCUGACACCGUCCUUCCCUCAGAUGCAGGUGCAGCAGCUGCUGCAUAUGAAGAAGCAGCAGCAGCAGGCCGCAGCUGCUGCGCAGCAGAAACAGCCACAGCAAACUCAAGCUACAGUUCAGCAGAAGAUUGCCACGCAGCAGGUGACUGUGCAGGCUGCUCCUGCAGGCCAGCAGCCGCAGCAGAAAGUGACCUACGCUGCCACUACACAGCUGCAGCCAGGCAUAAAGACCCAGUUCUUCACCACCUCCAUCGCCCAGGCCCAGAAACCCACCGGAGCUCAGCAGAUUCAGGUUGCUAAACUCCCACAAAUAGUGCAGCAGCAGCCGACUGUGGCCAAUAUUCAACAGAUAGUGUCUUCUUCUCAACAGAUCCAGCCGCAGACCGUGGCGCUGACGCAGACUCAGGCCCAGGUGCAGAUGAUUCCGACAGGCACCGCGGCGGCCCAGGUUGUGCAGCACAAGAUCCUCCAGCAGCAGGUCGUCACGGCAACCACUGCACCCGCUCAAAUCCAGACUCCCCCUCCUCACAGCCCUGCCCAGCAGCAGGCCACUCCCCCCGCCACCUCAGAGACCACUGCCGUGCAGACUCCACAACAGACCACCAAGGGCCAGGCCAGACAGGCCAAUGUCCGCGCCAAAACACCGGCCAAGUCCAGUGGCGGAAACGCGUAA